AUGGAGGACAAGGUCCAUAACAGCACUGGCAAACUACAAGCUGAGCAGGACAAAGUCACAACAGUAACAGAGAAGCUUAUCGAGGAGAGCAAGAAAGCCCUAAGGUCGAAUGCUGAGCUUGAGGAGAAAAUGUGUGGCGCCACCAAGGACAGGGAUGAACUCAAGGCCAAGCUCCAAGCCGAGGAGGAAAAGAGCAAUGACCUGCAGUCCAAAGUUACCAUGAUGAAGAAGAGGUUGCAGUCACUGGAAGCUGCAGAGAGGGAAUUCCUGAGGAACAAAGCCAAAGAGGAAAACAUCAAGGCGCCCAUCGCCAACCGCUCCCAACAAGAGGACUACAAAGUCAAAGACCUUACACAGGAAGUUGAGCGCCUGAGGCGAAAACUUAAAGAUAUGAAGGUUGUCGAAGACGACUUGUUGAAGACUGAGGAUGAGUUUGAGUCAAUGGAGAAGAGAUACUCCAGGGAACAAGAGCGAGCAACGGCCUUGAUGGAGGAGUUGGAAAUAUCCAGGAACGAGCUCUUAAAGUACCAACUGGCAGAGAAGCAAGAGUCCAACCAGGAGCACAUCCUCUACAAGCGUCUGAAAGAGGAAGAGGCCAAGUCCAGUCAUCUGACCCGAGAGGUGGCAGCCCUAAAAGAGAAGAUCCAUGAAUAUAUGGGCACAGAGGAAAACAUCUGUCGCAUGAAAAACGACCACUCCACCUUGCAAAGAAAACUGACUCUGCAAGAGGUGAAAAAUAAAGAACUGGCCAGAGAGAUGGAGACCCUCAAUCGGGAGCUGGAGCGAUACCGUCGCUUCAGCAAAAGUCUCCGCCCAGGCAUGAACGGCAGACGUUUCUCAGACUUACAGGUGUGCACCAAGGAGGUACAGACAGAUCCAGCAGACCACCUUCGACCCAACUACAAGAGCAUCGCCCCACUGGAGCGGGCCGUGGUGAACGGAAAACUGUACGAAGAGAGUGACUCUGAGGACGAUCCAAACUACAACAAUGAGCUGCCCCUCGCCCAAUGUAACCCCUCCCUCUUCAACAAUGUCAACAACCUCAACAACAACAUCAGGAGAGUCCCCUUUCUCAAAACCAAAGAAAGCCACAACCCAGUCAAUGGGAAAGUGCAGGUUCCCAGACAGAAUGGGAACCAUGUGCAGCAAGGAGACGUGUUUCUGACACACAGCCCCGGGCAACCACUGCACAUCAAGGUAACCCCAGACCACGGGCAUAACAUGGCCAUGCUAGAAAUCACCAGCCCCACCGCAGAAAACACCCAGUCAUACACAAGCACUGCAGUCAUCCCCACAAGCGGAGGUCCACCCAAACAAAGAAUCACCAUAAUUCAGAACGCAUCCAUCUCCCCGACUACCAGAAACAAAGGUCAAAGGUCCCCCUCSUCAGAUGGUUCCCCCUGCACUCCUGAUCGAGCCAUAUCUCCCUUCACCAUGGCCACCUACUCUAGAGCGAUGACCCCAGACUCCUCUGGGUCGGUCACUCCAGACAGGGCUAUGUCACCCAUCCAGAUCGUGUCGGUCACAACAGGCACUCCUGACCGGUCCCUGUCCACGGAGCCAGUAGAGGUCAUGGGAGGMCAUGCAGUCUUCAGGGUGACACCAGAGAGGCAGAGCAGCUGGCAGGUUCAGAGGUCCAACAGCUCCGGCCCCAACGUCAUCACCACAGAGGACAACAAAAUCCACAUUCACUUAGGGAGCCCCUUUAUUCAGAGCUUAAACACUACACCCCAGCCUGUGAGCCCAUGCUACUCACCUGGGCAGGAGCAGAGAACUCCUGUGUUAUCCAAUGGUACCCCUGUCAAAGGCAACAGCAAAAUCACAAGUAGCAUCACUAUAAAGCCAACAUCUAAAAGGCCUUCACAAAUUACAGUAAGUAAUGCCUAUGAUUGACUGAUUCCCCAUCCCAAGAGACCUCACCCCAUUAGUAAACCCUAGUUUGUCCCCACCCAUUACCACCACCUAUCCCAACCCAACCUCCUCAAUCCCUAGUCAUCCGAUCUUGAUCCAUCCACCUCCAUUUUUCUGUAUGAAGAGAGGCCGACCUAACCACUUCUCUGUUUGUGUUUGGGGUUUGUUUGUUUGUUUGGUUCUGUUUGGAAAGAUUUUGCAUGCAUGAAUUGUCAUUCAAAUACAAAACAAAACAAUAACCCUUUGAAGGCACUUGUAGUAAGAAACUUUUACUGAACACCGGGGUAACUUUACUGUAUAUGCUAUUUGGUAAAUAUACCAUGUACUAAGACUAUUCACUGAUGGACCGUUUCAAUUGUGUUUAAACUUCAUAUUACACAACUUGCAUUUUGUUUAAGCUGAUUUAUUUUCUAAAUAUUAAAGUGUGCAAAAGUUA